CACCAUGUAUAUGUGGUUCCCGUUUCGCGACUCGGCUCUCGUCCGAGAUGCUCAUCGAGCUGGAGGCACAAAUCCCAGAGUGCGAGAUGGGCCAGGACCCGUCACCCAGUGUUAUCAUUGUUGGUGCUGGAGCGGGAGGUUGUGCGACCGCAGCCCGCCUUUCAAAAUGUGGCUGGCAUGUCACGGUGAUCGAGAAGAACGAUUUCACAGGCGGCAGGUGCUCAUUGAUAUACAAGGAUGGAUACCGAUUUGAUCAAGGACCAAGUUUACUCCUUCUUCCCCAGAUAUUUCACGAGACAUUCCGUGAUCUGGGAACUACCAUGGAAGAUGAGGGUAUCCAAUUGAUCAAAUGCGACUCUAAUUACAAGGUCCAUUUCCACGACAACGCCUCCUUCACUCUCUCGACAGAUUUGGCCAGAAUGAAAGUCGAGGUUGAGAGAUACGAAGGCAAAGGCGGCUUUGACCGUUAUCUCAGUUUCCUCAAGGAGUCCCAUCAACACUACGAACAAUCCGUCAUUCACGUCUUGCACAAGAAUUUCUUCAACUUUUGGAGCAUGUUUAGACACCGCUUUCUGCCGCACUUGCUAGCCCUGCACGUGUUUGAGAGCGUCUACGGACGAGCCAGCAAAUAUUUCUGGACGGAAAGAUUAAGAAGAGUUUUCACCUUUGCGAGCAUGUAUAUGGGGAUGAGCCCUUUCGAUGCCCCCGGCACGUAUAGUCUGCUACAGUAUACGGAACUAGCAGAGGGGAUUUGGUAUCCGAAAGGCGGCUUUCAUCAGGUUGUCGAAGCGCUCGUCAAAAUUGGCAAGCGCGAGGGCGUCGAUUUCCGCCUAAAUACCGCGGUCUCAAAGAUGCUAUUGUUAGACGGCCAGAGCCGCGUCGAUGGGGUCUUGUUGGACAACUGCGAGGAACUGCGAGCAGAUGUCGUUAUCUGCAACGCGGAUCUAAUAUACGCCUACAAUAACCUCCUCCCCUCGACAUCGUACGCGCUGUCGUUGGCGAAGCGCGAGACCUCCUGCUCCAGCAUAUCCUUCUACUGGGGCCUGGACACCCAGUUCCACGAGCUCUCUGCUCAUAAUAUCUUCCUUGCUGAGUACUACAAGGAAAGCUUCGACAGUAUUUUCAAAGCCAAGUUGAUCCCGGAUGAGCCGAGCUUCUACGUCAAUGUACCAUCACGCCUCGAUCCCAAUGCCGCCCCGACCGGAGCAGACGCAGUCACUGUCCUUGUGCCAGUCGGACAUAUGCUUGACGCUUCGAACACUCACAGGGGAAUGUCAGGCGGUAAAGGUGGUUCACAGAGCAGUCAAGACUGGGGACGUAUGGUUUCCGCAGCUCGAGAUACAGUUCUCAAAACUCUGGAGGCACGUCUGGGAAUAUCUCUGGGCCCUCACAUCGUCAGCGAGACGAUCAACACUCCUCCGUCCUGGAGGGAGAGAUUUAAUCUAGACCGUGGCGCUAUUCUUGGCCUUUCGCACUCUUUCUUCAAUGUCUUGUCCUUCCGACCUAAGACCCAACAUCCCAAGAUUAAGAACAUGUAUUUCGUGGGUGCAAGCACCCACCCUGGUACUGGCGUGCCCAUCGUACUCGCAGGUGCCAAACUUGUGAGCGAACAGGUGUUGCGCCAUUGGAACAAGAAUGUGCCAUGGGAGGCAAGCGAAGAUGUUCCAGACAAUGUCAGUCAGUUAGACAAAACGCAGUGGAUUCCGUGGCUUGAAUGGUGGAAUUGGCUCACUGCGCUUUUCUUGAUUGUUUUGGCAUGGACGCUGAGUGUCGCCUUUGCAGAGUGGGCUCCGAGUGUGGUGGAGUGGGCUGGGGAUUGGUGAGUUCGUUUCAAUCCUCUGAUUUGAUCAGAUCAUGUUUCUGAAACGGCGGAAUAUUCUCAAGCGGUUAUAGAGCAAGGGGUCCAAUUCUAUUAACGUUCUGAUAGUGUGGGGUGGAUUUCUUGAUUCAUUUUCGAGUCAAGCGCACUUCACCAUGGAACCCGUGUUCCCCAGUGUAGAUGUGAGGAGGAACCAUGAGGUUGAGGAUUUGGAGAUGAUUGCUCGAGAACUAGUGGAGUCUGAAUGUUACUAUCAGAGCGUUAUAUGGGUUACCCAACUUCUAGCGACAUAUCUUGAGCGAAAUUGCAUUCACUGCAUAGUGCAGCUCCAACC